AUGUAUACUGAUAGUCCAGUUUACCGUGACUGGGUCUUGGAGGAGUUAAGAGGUGAAGCAAUACUUCAGAGUGAUGAUAACAAGAAUAGGAAACAGGUUGAUACUGAUGGAGAAAAGGAGGAAGUUUCUCUUGUGAACCAGGUUUGUCUUUGUUGGUUUUGAAUAAUGAUGUUUUUUCGUGAAUCCAUCGUUUACUUACUGCAAGACCGUCCUAACAGUAGUUAUUAUAAAUUGAUUAUCCCCUUCUUCAUAAGUUAGGUUAUAGUGACUUCCCUCCUUUUGCCACAGUCUCCGUAUGGAAAUUACGUAACAACUGCAAGAUCGUUUUCUAGCUCGUUUUCCGAUGGUGGUUAAAAAUUUUAACCAGCGUUUUUACACUUGUAAGUUUAGUUCCGAGUGUAGAAUGAUACUACUAUCAACCAUUUAGUUAUAUUUCCAUGAUAGUACCUAUCUGCACGUAAGCUUAGGCUUUGGGUCGAUCAGUAGCACGUGUGCAAACCAAAGUGAGUUUAGCCAUAUCUUUAUUUAUGCUUUUAAGUGUUAAUUAGGCCUUGAGCAUAGCUUUCCCUUAUUUUGUUCAGUUGUCAGGUUGUAUCACAGUUUCGUUGUGUUGUUUUCUUUUUUAUGCGAGGAGCAAAGCCAAGGGGCUGGGGGGACUCAAUCAAACACCAUAUUUCUCUACAUUCUUAAACUCACUGUUCCUUAAAAAAUGCAAGAGCAUAUUAAUGUUGUGGAUACCUCAUGCUUCCAAUAUUCGUGCCUCAAAGUUUGAGCUUAUUAAGAAUUUUCUGUCAUCAAAAACAACUUUAAAUGGCUGAAUAAUCGAAUCGGAGGGUGAAGAGGAAUAGUUAGGUGUUCAUUUUUCCAUUAUUCCAGCUCGAACAUUUUCCUUAUUCCAUUAUUUCAGUAAAAAAAGAACAAAUUAUUCCGUUGAAAACAUCUGUUUAUUCCAUUAUUCCGCACCACAAAAUGGCAUUAUUCCAUUCUUACAACAACAAAAAUUCCGUUAUUCUUACUCCAUUAUUCCUCUUCACCCCCAAAAGUCGAACAAACCAUGUAAAGUCUUUCAUAAUCAGAAGCAACAGCUAUUUUCUGUUUCUUUUUUUCAUACUCUGCUUCAGGUUGGUGAUCUAAACGAAGACAGUGUUAGUGAGCCCACAUUAACAGGAUCUGAUCAUGAAUUACUGGUUGAUACUACGUCACCUCCAGAGGAGAUCAAGGAACGAGCGGUUCAGUUGAUAAAGGAAAUAGAAGAUGAAGAUUUUAAGGCUGAAGAAUCUGUUGUGAGUAUUGAACUGUGGGAUUUUGCCGGGCAACACCUGUAUUAUGCAUCUCAUCCUGUAUUUUUAACAUCACGUGCGCUAUAUAUCCUGGUGUGCAACCUCAGCAAGUCAUUGCAUGACAAAGCCAAGCCGUGUGUGAGGCAAGGGUCUCGUAAUGUUCAUUUGGAAAACCCAAAUGGAGAAACAAAUCUUGAGAAUUUGUUGUCUUGGUUGUCCACAGUGCAUAGCGUCGCGCAAAUGAGAAGAGAAACCGGUGAUGAUGUAGAAAAAGAGGUGUCUCAUUUGCGCCCCCCAGUGAUCAUUGUAGGAACCCAUGCAGACAAACCAUUUGAAGACAUUGCAACAAUGAAAACAGAAAUCCAGAGCGCAAUUGCUGGUAAGGACUAUGAAGGACAUGUGGUGCGGCCUAUCUUCAGCAUUGACAACACUGCAAAAUUAACUCAAAGAAAAAUCCAGAAAAAGGUUUUCGGAAAAGAUGAAAACAUUGAUGACAUCCGAGCUCUGCAAGUAAAAAUCAUGGAAGUACUAAGACAGGAGCCUUACAUUGGGGAGAGGAUACCUAUAAGGUAAGUGAUGGUGAUACAAGAACAGAACCCAUUAAAGUAAAUGUAAAAAUAGUUUCCAUGUCAAGGGUUGAACUAUGAACGCACUGAAAUUGCUGUUUAUGGGUAUGGCGUUUGUUUCCGCCAGUCCUUGUAAGAAGUUUUCUUUGAUAUGUGAUGUAUUUCAGGUGUCAUCAGUAACUCAUUGACUGCGACCCUACAUAAAAGCGUGGCCGCAAAACAUCUUAAGGCUGCUUCAUUGUAGUUUUUUAUUUUACUAGUUAAAAAAAAUUACAGCGACAAGAGAAAAAAUUCAGUGAUUCCUGUAUCAGCCACCUGGCGGUCAUAAGAAAUGAGAUUAUCUCGUUGAUUGAAACAAUUUAACCAUGAAAAGCAGUUUUGACUGGCCUUAAAGAAUAUUCUACCCUGAAGAGUUUGAUAAUCUUAUUUCGAAUUGGCUGAAAAGCACUGUGUACAUUUCAUUGUUUUAAAAAGGUAAAAGUGAAGUGGGUCACACACCCGUUAAAUCUGUAGUAAACUGCAUAACUGCACAGGGAAACCAUUUCAAAUAUGACCAACUGUAUUAGUCAAGCUCAUAUGAUCUUAUAUUUAUCUCAUUUUAACUUUAAAAGACCAUCAAUAGGCCACUUGCACUAUGACAUCAUUUUACUACUACGACCAGAAUCCUUCAGGGUUUUGCUUUCUUGUGUAAAUUAAGGCUUUUGUUAUUUAAACCUCACUGGGAUUACAAAAUUUAAAUAUGAAAGAAAGAACGAAAGGAUUCUGGUCGUUGAAGUAAAAUGACGCUAUCAUGCAAAAGACCUAAUACUAAUAAAAAAUUUUCACGGCUUUUCACAUGUCAGCAGUCAUGUUUUGGAACGUGUGCAUGCUUCUGUUCCCGGUUGUUCAAAUAUUGAAUCAAUAUAUUAUUACAGAGGAAAAAUAUUAGGAAACCUAAUGGCAAUAUCUGCUGGAUUUUGGACAGAUAUUUAUCCAUUGGAUGGAGAUAUCCUCCUUUCGCACAACGAGGCCCUGUACUUUACUCGGUACGGGUAUGCUGUGACAUGGUUACUUUAAUGCGCGCUAGCAAUUUUUUCUUUGCUUUUAUUAACUAGAUGGUUACACUUUGAGAAGGUCAUCAACGCUUUACUUUCCAAGCCCAAGCCAGAUUAUUACCUGAGUAUAACGGAACUACGGACCCUUGCCAAGGAGAAGUGCUUCAUCCAUAAUGAGAAAGAGUUUACCACCAUGGUGAAUUUCUAUCAUGACCUGGGGAUAAUUAUCAAGCACCGUAGCACAGUCAUCUUGAGUACCCUGUGGCUGAUAAAAUUGUUCGGACAGCUGAUCACUAUUCCGGAUUUUACGAAAAUGGUAAGAAAUGGAUUUUAAACUUGUUUUAUAACUUGAGAGGUUUAUAAUGGUCCAUAUUUUGGAUGACAUCACAGGUUUCCAACCGUGCUGUAGCUAAUAAAAAUAACUAUAUUAAGAGCAUUCCCUGCUAUCUUUUUGAAAAUGUUAACUGUUCCUCAAAUAUUUGUAAACAGCAAAAUCGUAGUGGAUUGGGCUGCUAUUUAAUAUUUCCCCAGUGUAAAACAGUUAGGGUAGGCGAUGUAAUUCUGAAAUGAAAUCUUAUAACAAACCUAUAACAACUGAAUUAGUACUAACGCCUGGUCAGCAGUUGUCCCUGUAAAUUAACCCGCUAUACUGACGUGACUAAGACCCUGUUUACAUGGAGUGGGGGACCCCGGUCUAGUGGGGUAAGUUUCUUUUGUUUUGUGUCCCCCAGAGCGUGAAAACAAAAGAAACCAACCCCACUAGACCGGGGUCCCCCACUCCAUGUAAACAGGCCCUAAGAGUCAGGGGGGGGUGGUGAACUUGGUAGUUUGUUUGUCCGGACGAUCUUGGCCAUCGUGACGUCACGAAGAGAGAAGCGCGCAACUUCGAGGAGUUUUCGAAAAUGGCGCCGUUGUCAUUUCCAAAUGCUACUUUUAAAGUUGGUUUUCCUGGAUAUUGACGCUCCAAAAUGGUUUUUGUCACGGUAGGAUAGUGCAGUUCCAACAUCUCUUUCCGAAAAGGUGAGUGAAAUGUGUAUUAAUCCGAAAAAUAACGCGUAUGAGAGCUGUAAACAGUUUCGGUCAAUUUCCUCGAGUGUAAUAAUGUGCCGCAAAAGUUUGCAUGUUCGCACAGUAAUAUCGCAUUUUCUCGAAAUCGGUGAGGUGUUGAACAUCGAAACUUGGCAUAAGGGUGGGUUACUUCUAUUGGAAAACAUUGUCUCUGAAGUUAAUUGAGAUAAACUUGCAGAAAAAAUGAUCAGUCCAUUCGAGUGUGCCAGCGUAACCUCUAAGCUGAUGCAAUGGUAUUAAUUUCUUUGCUGUUAUCUCCAAUAAUGCCAAUAGUAUUACCAAUUCAAGCUGUCUUUUCGGGGUAAGUAAAUUUUAAAGUAGUUUCUGAUAGAGGGAAAGUAUAGUUGCAACAGCUCUUUCUGAGAAGGAGAGUUAAUUGUAUUAUAUUCUCAUGAUAAUUACCUCGUAAACAGUCUAAACAGUUUAAGCGAAUUUUUUCAAGUGGAAUAUUUGUCGCAGAAGUUUGCAUGAUCACAUAUUAACAUCGCAUGUCUUAGAAAAUCGGUUUGGUGUGGAAAUUCGAAACUUGGCAGAACGGUAGAUCAGCAAUAGUGGAAAACAUUGUCCUUGAUGUUUAAUGUGAGAUUUUAGCAGUAAAAAUGAUCAGUCCAUUCGAGUGCGCUUAAUAUUGAUAUAAACAGAUGACCUCGACUCGGUUACCCCGGCACAAUGUUAAGUCAAUUAUUUUUCGGUUUUAAGAAAAAGGAAACCAAAGACUUCCCUCAAAACUAUGUAUCUAUAAUAAUUACACCAGGAAUAUAUAUUUUUUUAACACUUGAAGGUUGUACCAUCUUGUUGAAGCAAAGGAUAUUUCAUGAAUAGCAAAAAAAAUUAGUAAGAUUUACAUACAGCUCCAAACAUGUGCAUCUGUUAUGCAUGAGGCAAUUUCAUAUCGUUCCACAUCAAUAGUUAGUGCGAAUGGAGGCAAACAUGUACAGUGAAACUUGUAUAAUUUAAGCGGACACCUCAGAGAAUGCUGUAGUGCCCACUUAAUACAAAGUUUCUUCCUACUACAUACAGGUUUCGAUAGAAAAUGUCACAUGAGGCAGACCUGCCAACUCUCACAAUUCUGCCGUGAGUCUCACGAUUUUUUAACUUUUCUCACGGUCUCACGACAAGACUCCCAAUCUCAUGGUUUUCUGGGAAAUAUUCUAAAUUGAAAUAUUACCUUGUUGAAUGAAAACAUAAAUUUUGUGGGGAAAUUCUUGUGCCUGGAUAAGCUUUGACCAUUUUAGCCAUGAAGUUGUCUUAGCCCAAAGAAAUGACUCUGCUGUAUGUUUCGUCACAGUGAUAACCUAUUUUUUGGCAUCUUAAAGUCAUCCAAAAAAAAGCGGCAUCUAAUUUGUUACAUAAGGGACCACACUAAAGCAAGGUUAUAUUAAAAUAAACAGUUGAUUCCCCUAAUGGAAAAGGAGUUGUUUAAUUUUGAUCGGGAAAAAAUAGAAUCUCACUACUUUUUGUAGAAUCUCCCGAUUUUUUUUCAUGAGUCUACAGAUUUUCCUUUAUCAGGAGUUGGCAGGUCUGUAUGAGGAGCUGAGUACCAUUCAAAUAAAAGGCGGAAACAUUUGGAAUACUCCCAGAGAUAUGAUGAUAUACAUUUGCAUUAAUAUCUUUAUUUGUGCGGAGCAAAUUGUACCUCAAAUUUUAAGAUAUCAAAUGAGUAAAACAAGCAAAUGAAAUGAGAAAGUGCUGUAACUCAUUUAUAUAAUUUACAGAAGUCCCCUGGUGACACUAGCCAAGUGCUGAUAGGGCAAGACUCCCAAUCUCAUGGUUUUCUGGGAAAGCAAAAGGCAUCUUAAAAUAACAAAAGGCACAUAGGGCUCAGCCGAAUGGUACCAUAAUGUCGUCAAAACGUAUGGAAACAGGCCUUUUCUCCGAAACCCGCCCCAUUCCCCUAAGGCUAUUUUUAUUUGCAUUUACCCUACCUCACCUCCCCUCCCCGUACCUGAUGAAACAAAGCUUUCAACAGUUUGUUGAGAUAGGAUGCUUUUUGUUUUAAAGGAUGAGCUCAUCAUAUUUUAUUAUCGUAGAGACGGGGGUAAGAUAAGUUAACAAUAAUAGACAGAUUAUUAUAGGUGGGUUACUCAUUUUUACAGCUAUCCCUGGAAGAAGAAAUAGAAGUAAGGAGCUGACUGGCAGCCACUGAGAUUGAGGAGAGGAGAAAGGAAAUUGAAAGAGAAGAGAAAGAAUUGAAAGGAAAAGAAGAAAGGUUAAGACAAAAAGCAAAAGAAAUUAAAAACACAGUAAUAGAGGCCAAGCGGGUAGCUGCCCAACUGCAACUAAUGGCAGGGCAGCUAGACUGCUUGGCUAACCAAAUUCUAGAAGAGACCAAAAAGUUAAAGAAGAAGUAAAAGAAAAACACCAGUGUAAGAAAAUUUUAUUGAUAACAAACCGUUUCUUUUAAUCAAAGUCAAUGUGCAAAGUUUUUAAAUGUAAACAAGUCUAAGUCAGACCUGUUAUGCAAGAAAGAAAACACAUUUGUUCAGUAUAUAAAAAAUAAAAGGAAUCUGGUUCUUCUAAUUAAUUUUCUUGUAUCCCGUAUGGUCUCUUCUUGCUCCGUGGAAUCCACUCCACCCAACAUCCUCCACUUCCCGCACCGCACUACUCUCUUUGUGAAAUCUAUUAUACUAGAUCUUUACAGACAUCCAGUAAGCAGCACCUCCUCCAUCAUACACUGCAUGAUUUUUCUCAUCAUCUACAGAGUAUUCCCAACCAAGGAAGCACCUAAUUAUAAAAUCAGUCAGACAAAAAGAGAUUAUUAUAUAUACAAAAGUCAAAACAAAAUAAAUCAAUAAAGGCAAUAUUAUCACUUAGUGAGUAUAUUGAAGAUGAAACAACAACAUGAUAUUAAUUUGAGGAGGACUCGGAAAAAAAAUCCGAGUCCCAGAUGGGACUCGGAUUUUUUUAAUAUACUCACUUUGGAGGUUGGUCGGCCGCAUCUUGGAUAUGCUUUAAGGUGACAGCGCGAUGCUGUUAGUGAGUUCUUCACUUCUUGUGUGCCUAUCAUUACUUGGCUGUGUAGCCGCGUGAUGCGGUUCCAGUCGAGACCCACAAAUUGGCCCUUGCUCACCAUAGAGUCUCCAGUAGCUCAAGUUGUUAGAGCAUCCGACUAGAUCACGGAGGGUCGUGGGUUCAAAUCCCAUCUGGGACUCGGAUUUUUUUCCGAGUCCUCCUCAAAUUAAUAUCAUGUUGUUGUUAUUAUCACUUAAAAUCCCUAAUUAUUUGUUAAGCAUCUCUUAAAUCAGAUAUUAUAAUGGUUUUCCUCACCUACUCCCUAAACUUCACAUUAAUAUAGGUGAGUUAAACCACAAACACCACCACCACCCACCCCCCUCCCAAGCAACGGUAAAAAACUAUGUCUCCCUUGAAUUAUAAAUUAAAUUUUUGUAACUUCAAGCAACCUAUCAAGAUAAUCCAAAGACUGGUUUCUAAUCUAAAACCAAUAGCUAAAUGAAUACCUGUCAACCUAACUGUAAUCAUACCAUAGCAAUGGCAAGGCUAUGUGAAAUAUAUUAGCAGAGGCAGUACAACAGCAAAUUUUAAAAGGGGCUU